CUGUGGGGUCCGCCGGGAUGCGGAAAGACCUUACUGGCGAAAGCUGUCGCAAAUGAGUCCAGGGCGAAUUUCAUUAGCGUCAAGAAUCCUGAGCUUUUAAACAAGUAUGUCGGCGAGAGCGAGAGAGCUGUGAGACAGGUAUUCUCUCGUGCCCGUGUUUCAUCUCCCUGCGUGAUCUUCUUCGACGAGUUAGACGCUCUCGUCCCUCGGAGAGAUGAAAGCAUGUCAGAAUCUUCCGCACGUGUCGUGAACACGCUACUCACAGAGUUAGAUGGACUUGACUCCCGCAAAGCUGUCUAUGUCAUCGCCGCAACGAACCAUCCCGAUAUGAUCGACCUGGCUAUGGUUCGCCCAGGGCGUCUCGACAAGCUCCUCUACGUUGACCUAGUAAGCGCCGACGAACGCGUCGAGAUCAUACGGACGCUAGCGCGUAAAGUCCCAUUCGCGCCUACAGAACCAGAUGCCGAGAUGGUCCUGCAGCGCGCGGAGCACAUCGUGCGGGAGAAAUGUGAUGGGUACAGCGGUGCGGACCUCGCAGCUGUCGUUCUGGAGGCAGGCGUUGUGGCGCUGAGACGUGUUCUCGGUGCGCUUGACCAGAUGGAUGACAGUGAUGAAGGUUUGGUAGAGAAUCAGCCGCGAGUAGUUGUCGUGUUGGAGGAUUUCAUUCGCGCUCAGGAUAAGGUCGGUCCCAGUGUGUCUGCUGUGCAGCGGAGGAAGUAUGAAGCGCUGCGAGCCAAGUUUGCUGGCCUUCCUGUGCGAACGGGGAAGGGUGUCGAUUAG